AUGGACCAUCGUUCAAAGAGAGUCAAGGCCAUGAACUAUAAACCAUUUAUGGUCAGACUUCGUCAAUUUUUGUCCCCGAAACAAGGUGUACAUUCAAACAUUGCAAUGCGAGCAGCAGGCUUUUCCUAUACUGGCAAUGCAGAUACUGCUCGCUGUGAUACAUGUGCACUGGAAGUAUCCAACUGGACACUAAAUAUGAAACCGUUCACCAUUCAUGCACAACGAAGUCCGAAAUGCGAAUUUGUUCGUUCUAGGCAACCGUCCGACAUAACAACUUUAUCACCCAUACACGCUACAAUACAAUGCACAUCAUCUUCACCAUCACAUGAUGAAGAUAGGCCAUCCAAACGACAAAAGAUAGAUCCUCCACUGGCGUCUAUGUGUUCAAAUACGUGGGUGGAAACGGAAACUUUGAAAGAAAUUCGUCGACGAACGUUCUCACACUGGCCUAAGCGAUCAUCACCAUCGGUCGAACAUAUGAUUGAAGCAGGUUUCUUCAGCUGUAACAUCGGUGAUCGUGUGAUAUGCAUAUACUGCAACAUAAUCUGCCAACAAUGGAUGCAAUACACGGACGAUCCUCGGGAAGUGCAUAGAAUCCUAUCACCACAAUGUCCAUUUGUUCGUUUCAUCUCAAGUCACCAUCUACCAUCGUUGUCAAACAACGACGAUCCAUGUGAACCAAAGUCUGGAAUGCUUGAAGGUGCCUCUCACCGAGCUUAUGCUCAUCCUAAAGACCGCCAUGCUUCUUUCAAAGAAUGGUCAACAGAACGUCUUCCGUCAGUUGACGAUCUAGUCAAUGCUGGAUUUUUCUAUAGUGGAAUGGGAUCACUAGUGACAUGUUUCUAUUGUAAUGGAUCUUUGCAAAAUUGGGGGCCAGCUGAUAAUCCAAAGGUAGAACAUGCGCGGUGGUUUCCACAUUGUGCUUAUGCUAAACAUGUUUGUGGUAAAGAAUUCUACCAAAAGGUGCAGGAUGCGGUUCGGCGAAACGAAAAGAGCAAAGCACGUUCAAAAUUUGGUGUACAAGAAACAACUACGGCUACUGCUCCAGUUAAUACAUCUUCAGAAACACUCGACAGUGGUGUAUUAGAAAGAUUAGUAGCUGCUCGGCUCGAUUUACCAUAUUCACGAAGAUUACUUGAUCAAAACUUCAGAUUGUCUAUUAUCAAACGUUGUUGGGAAGAUCAACUCUUGUUCAAAGGUGAUGAUUUUCAUACUGAAACUGAUUUAUUUGUGGCCUGUAUGAUUCUUCAGAAACAAAUCGAAAUUAUUGCUGGUAAAGCAGAAAAUAUCAUUGUACCUAGUGAACGUUUAAAAAAACUGUCAGCGAAUUCCGAGCUAGGAACUGUGCAGCCUUUGCUACUUUGCAGUUUAUGUGCAACAAACGAAAAACAGCUGGCAUGCGUUCCUUGUGGCCAUUUUUCUGUCUGUGUGCCAUGUGGACAUAACUUACGAUCGUGUCUAAUAUGUCAUAACGACAUAAUGGGUUUUGUACGCAUAUAUUUGUAA